AUGACCAAGCUCAUCCAGCACGCAAUUAGCACCGACAUUACCUUUCUGGAAACCUCCGACAUCUAUGGUCCUGAAACCAACGAAGUUCUUAUUAGCAAGGCUUUGACUGGAGCGGGGAGGGAAAAAGUGCAACUAGGUACCAAAUUCGGGUUCAAAUACGAGAGCAAUAAUCACAUGGAUGUCUCCGAAAACCUGACCUAUGUAAAGUAUGCUUGUGAAGCUAGCUUCAAGAGAUUAGGCGUCGAUUGUAUUGACAUUUAUUAUCAUCAUAUUAUUGACAACCGUGUGCCUAUUGAAAUCAAUAUGGGAGCACUAAAGGAGCUGGUGGAAGAAGGAAAGAUUAAAUACAUUGGAUUAUUGGAGGCGUCAGCAUCAACCAUCAGAAGAGAUCAUGUUGUGCACCCAUUAACAGCUAUACAACUCGAAUGGUCCGUGUGGACAAGAGAUGCAGAAGAAUAA